CAACUUGACUCGCGUAGUCGUUUGCUAGUUGUGCUAUCUAUAGGUCGAUGUCGAUUUCAUUUCGUGAAUCCGCCGUAGUGCUCAGCGUCCAUUUUCUUUGAUUGGGUUUCUUUAAAGAAUUUUCAAAUUGAAAUUAAAAAUGGAUGGAACACCUGGAGGCCGAGGCGGAUACCGAGGGCGCGGAGGAGGUCCUGGCGGACUCAUGAGAGGGCGCGGAGGUUUUGGAGAUAGAGGCAGAAAUGGUCCACCACGAGGUGGUGGUGGCAUGAUGCGUGGACGAGGUAGUGGACCUGGUGGUGGUAUGCGAGGUGGUCCCCCAGGAAUGAGAGGCAGAGGUGGCCCUCCUAGAGGUGGACGAGGUGGGCAUUUUCCGCCGGGUGGACCACCAGAGCCGGGAAUGUCCAGUGGACCCGGAGGUGGACCGCCGCCCCUAGGAAUGGGUGGCCCUCCACGAGGCGGAAGUGGCAGAGGCGGCGGCAGUAACAGCUUCCGUAGCAGAGGCAGAGGAGAUUAUGGCAGAAUUGAUAAUCGCGGGGGUAACAGCAGUUUCCGCGGCCGUGGUGGCAUGGACCGCGGUGGCCGAGGCUCCAGAGGUGGGUCAGGCAGAGGUGGCCCAAGUCGUGGAGGCUUCAGCGACAGAGGCGGACGAGGUAUCGGAGGUGGACGGGGCGGCCCGACGAAACGAGGAGGUGGCCCGCCAAACUCUGGACCUUCCAAGAGGCCACGCUUCGAUCAGCCAUCUUCGCAACCCACCAAUGGCUAUGCUACUCAGCCACCCAGUCAAAGCGGCUACGGAGGUGGCUCAAAUAAUUCUUAUGGUGGUCAGCAACAACCGCCACAACAAUCAGUAGGAUAUGGUGGUGGUGGUGGCUACGGCUCCCAGCAGUCUUAUUCGGGGCAGUCGUAUCAAUAUGAGAGCUAUCAACAACCUCCGGAUUAUGCUCAAUCGACGGGCUACCCACCGUCCGCACCAGAUAACAGAUACGGCGGGUCAUCGAUCUCAAGUGGAGGGUUUAACACUAACGAUCCCUACAGUUACGGAAAAGCUCCGCCGGCCGAUUACCAGGAGGCAGUGCCAGCUGCGGGACCGGGGGGCGGGGGUGGUGGUUACCCCCCUGCUAACCCAUAUGAUGACCGAUCUAAUGCCAACCGGUGUGGUUACUCGACGCAAUCUUACGAGUAUCCGAAUCAAGAUGGCCUUUACGGGAAACAAGAUUAUGGUGGCAGUGCUGGUUACCAAAACGUCCAGUCUCAACGACGUUAUUAAAGAUAUCCGACACUAUAAUUCGACACUAUAAUAAAAAAUAAUUGACUCAGCUCAUAAUUUUGUAUUUAAGUAGAUGACAUUUUUCCUAAACGCAAUGAGCACAGAGAGAAAGAGAGAAAAAAGGCAGAACAAUAGAGAAAGAAAGAAAAACAGAUAAGAGAAUAAGAAAAACAGAACGAGGAAGGAAAGAGAGAGAGAGCACUGAGUACACAAUUUCUUGCGAAAAUUUCUCCUCCCGAUAGAUGUGCAAGAGAGACUUACAGGGAGAAAAAGUGCUGCUUCUCUCUUUUCGCGGGAGGCAAAUCUGAGCCGACAGUGGAAGAAGUAUAUGAUGACAAUCGAGGAAUCUAAAAGCAAGAUAAUACAUAUUCCUACUGAGACCGACAGUGAGUCUCUUCCUCUUUGGAGAGACCGUAAAGAGACCGCAGCCAUUGUACAACACAGUUGAGAACAUACAAUUAGUUUCGUUUCUCGCGGAAAGGCUGAUUAAACCUAUCGAUCAUACAUCGAGAGUGUCAUGAAAAGGGUGGAAAUCGACAUUAAUGCAAUAUAUCUUUAUAUAUUGCAUUCUAACAAUUUCAAAAUUUUAUUUGUUGUAACUGAUUAAUUUAUUAUUAUUGUUUUUCCAUUUUUAGAGAUUAUACUUAAUAUAUACUUAAUACUAAUUUAUUGUACAUUUUAAUACAUACUAAUUACUACAUUUCAAUAGUGAAUUAGUAUAUACUAAUUUAUACAUAUUAGUAUAUAUAUAUAUAUACACAUGUACUAAUAUAUACAUAUUAAUAUAUGAAAAUGUUAUAUUGUACACAAUAUAAUAUAAUAUAUUGUGAUAAAAUUUAAACUCAAUGUCUAAAAAAUACCGAUCAGAUAUUUUUUUAGAUAUAUUUGUUAAUUAAUAAAUUCAUAAAAGUAAUAAAGUUCGAUUAUAAUAAAAAAUUAAAGAAUUAAUAAAAUUCCAAAAAUAUUUUUAAAAUUGUUCAGAAAAUAUAUGUGUAAACAUAUAUGAUAUGUCAUAUAUGUAUAAAAGAGAUAGAUAUUUUAAGGGAUCAUAUCAAGGGAGCUUAUUUGAUGAUCCCAUGAAGCUUUCAAGAUUUUCUAAUGGCAAAUUUCACCCUUUUCUGGACACGCCUUUCCGCGCAGCUUCCAGUACUCUGCUUUCAAGAUUUUCCAUUCCCGUUCGUGCUGUCUUUUUUCCCACGCGCGCAUGAAACAAACCCGAUUGAUCCGUCACUCGUUGUAGGAAAAACAGAUUUUAUACUUGACUUAGCGAUAUCACACACUCAGACAUGCCCACACAUCCACAAUACGUACACGUUGUUUCACUACUACGUCGCUUGCUCGACGAUCUAGGAUUAAGCUUAGCCACUGUCUCGGGGGGUGUAAGCAUCCCCGACCGUUCUCUCUACAAUCCGUAGUAUAAUUUUUAACAUAUUAUAACAUAUAACAAUUACAUGAUAAUUACAUACGCGACACACAUAGCAAUGAGAGCGAUGACGACCGAGGCGACACUGUGUUGUAUGUAAAGUCGACGUUCUGUUUUGUAAAUAGAGAUUAUAAAUAAAUCCACUGGAAAAAGAAAAGGAAAUCUCGCGAGAGUGCACGCACGAUGUAGAACUGUGCGUGUGUGUAUGCUUCAUCCCCGAAAAUAAAAGAGAGGUCAAAACACUGAUUAAUGUCUGCCUCCUUCGUUGCACACUCUGUAGACGAAUCGCACGGAGUUCUUUCUUUCUCUCGAUUAAUUCUUUUUUUUAUCUCGCUUAAUUAAUUAAUCAGUUAAAGUCGAUGAAGAACAAUCUUAUUCUCGACGUGAGAGUUUAUUGAAAUCACCUAUUUUGUAAAUCGUGGCUGCUGAGACGAUCUAUCUUUUUCUUUUUUUUUUUAAUCAUUUACUGUUGCGUAAUCUUGUGUAGUUUAGUCAAGUGUGAAUGAGUAGUUAAUGACUACUAGUAGUUAGCUUACUAGAGAUAUCAAUCGCCAAUCGUAAGCGUAUAUACGGUUGAACGAGGUUGAAACCUGCUUGUUCGAUUUUUGUUGACGAUUGGCAAGAAAAAGAUGGUAGGCACUUCUGUUCCCUGGCGGAAGAUUGUGCCGGCCAGCAGGAGACAAUAGGAUAAUUGAUAAUUUGACAUGUAACUCUCUCUUCCUACUCUACCGUAUAUUAUUUUAUAGAAAUUAACGAAAUUCGCUUGAAUAAUUUAUAUAUUGCGUUUGUUAUAUACGAUAUACGUCUUUUAUGAUUAGCUUUAUGCUCUAUAUACAUACCUAGCGUACGUGAAUCGUGUUAUCAUGUCCCUAUCAUAUUGUAAGCGAUCGCAACGAUCGAAAUGAAAGAAAUUCUGAUAAGAGAGAAAAAAAACUCGAAAGUAUCGAGGACUUUGUUGUUAUUGCCACCUCACACCUCCGAAGCACCGAGAAAGCACGCAGUAAUGCGGACGAUAUGUGAAAACCAGCAACUGCCCUAGGAAGACAGGCUAAUCGAAAUGAAUGAAUGGGCGAUUAGGCGAUUAAUGAGGCAGCAGAUCGCCUCGGUAUAGUGUAGCGAUGCAGUAGGUAUGAGCCUUUCUAUGAAAUCCUAGUAGACUAGAUUCGUAUCCGGAUCCGUCCAGCGGUCCACCUUUUGUGCAUAACUUCUUCGACCAGUUUGGAAUCGAUCUUUCCUUGAGAGUCUUGCAGUUCAGAAUCAAUUGGCUAUUAAGUGCGGCAAUUACAGUCGGUGACACAAGAGCGUGCAUGCUGUUUUUUCUAGAAUACCAAACGACGUUAAGCGAAUGUCAAACAAUGUUUAAUUAUUCUCAGGCUGAUGCCAAUACCAUUUUUUAAUUAAUAAUCUCUUAGUCAGUGGCUGCGAGCGAUAAUUUGGGACCUUUUGGGCGCGAACAGGAAACACUGGCUCGAAUCGGUUAGCGCUCAUCUUGUUACAUGCGACUGUCGUGUAAGCACUAACGAAACUGAGACCUGGCUUUCAAAGCAUUCUAACUUGAUGUAACUGUGCUGCACGAAAAUAUUGUCUGCUAAGUACCAACUGUUGAAAUGAUUGCGUACAUGUUAUUGUGCCACUAACUAUAGUUCGGUACUUUCACCUUUAUUCUAUCAUAACAUUAAAUUCAAAUAUCUUUCUGCUGUCCGAUAGAUGAGAAAAAUGUUAGAAAAUGAUAAUGAAUAUUUCGAAGAUUGACAUGUUCAUUAUAUUUUUUUAUAAAUAAUUUUAUAUAUAAAUUAAGACUCAAUUUUAUCGAAAAAGCAUCGAAUUAAUUGCCGCAUCUAAUAAUAUCAACAAGAUAAUAAUUGUCUGUUGUCUCUACUUUCUACGAGGAAAAAUCGACUCACAUUGUGGUCCAAGAGUGCACAAACAAAGAUUAAGAAAAUAAUCUAAGCAAUCAUUAAAUCCGCACAUUAUAUAUAAAGAACGGAUAAUAUCGAGAAUGUUAAUGAGGACUUAAGAAAUAUAAAUUUCGAGAUGUACUAUUCUAAGACAUAUUUUGUCUCUUAAUUAUGGCUGGCAAUUGCACACAAGUAAUUGACAGCGAAGCGAAUAUUUAAUAUAUUCUCUGAUCUCUCAAUAUUCCUUUCUCGUAGUCUCUGAAGAUUUAGUCAUAAUGUGUUAGUUAGUAUAAUGCUAAUGAAGUAUUACUAAUUAAUAGAUACGAUGUAAGUACAAUUAGGAUACGACACGAGUUCUACUCGAAGGUGUGCAAAGGUACUCAUUAAUAAUAACAAGAUUUUUGACGAAAAUUGAGUUUAUUUCACAGGCGUAGCAACAAGCUGAGAUACUUAGGAAACAAUGAAUGAAAGUCAGAGGGAGAGAGACAGAAAGUAUCGUUCCUCCAGCAAGAACAGAUUUAAAGACCAUCCUCCCCCGCUCAGAAAAACAGAAAAAGAUCAAUAAGUAAUAAAGUCAGUAGAAUUUUCGUUCAUUUUCGUUAAUUGCACAGAGAUCUUAAUAAUAAGUGUAAGCUUCUCAACAGUAGAAAUUAGUGUGCUUGAUAUUUCGUAAAUGAUUGCUUCAGGCUUAGCCCGUUACGUGUAGUACAGAAUAUAUUUUAUCAAAAAAAAGGAAAAAGAAUAUAGUCUGUGAACAGUAACGUAAAGUAUGAUUUAACAAUUUAUUCCGAAUAAUCGUUCAUUAUAGAAUAAAGUUUCUUGCGCAUACACAUCUUUCUUAAUUGCGUGUCUUUUGAAAUCGAAUAAAGAUGCACUUUGAAAACUCGACUGUUGUGUGUGUGUGUAUGUCGAUCGAUAAAUCUUAGCAAGACAUACUAUACGAGAGCUAUAUGAGAAAAUGCACGCGGGAAAGAGAAUGCAGGCAAGGAAAGAGUAAUGCGCCAAGUGUGCGUAUUGCAAAAGCAAAAACAAAACAAAAAGACAAAGACAGUAAUUAUAAUAUGAAAGUCAAAAAUGCUCGAGUAGACCUCAACCCGAAAGUUCAGGUGAGUAAAUACAAAAUAAAUAUCUAUCCAUUCUUUGUGAAAAGCUCUAUCAGUUUCGAGAAAGCGGACACGUAUGUGUACUGAUCUAUAAGAAUUAAUUUAUGAUCUAUAAUAAUUCACUGAUAGUAUACAUAUAUACUUCGACUACAUUUAUCAAGUGUAAAGUGGACUUAACAGAAUAACAAAAGUAUCGUAAGAGAGAGAGAAUUAUCGAUUACGCACAUAAUAAUCCAUUACGGAUCUCGUUGAAAGAAUUUCAAACGCAUAUAGGUAUACAUUAUCGAGUUGCUUGCAAGACAAACUCCAGAACCGACAGAAUUGCGUUUCUUUCUUUUUAUGUCUCUUGUAGAAAAAUAAAAAAAAAGAAGUUACAUGGCGUUAAUGUGCUCAAAGCAUUCAGCUCGUAAGAACCAGAUAACAGUGAGUAAAGGAAGAGGAGCGGGAACGAUUCGUAGAUUUACGCUUUUCGAAUUUGCAGUAAUAACGUCCUUGCGGUGGAAAAAAUUCACGAGUUCCCGUAAAUUGUCGUAUGUACCGCUUUAUAUCCUACGAUCGUAGGAGAACUCGUUAGGCCGUUAGAUUGAUCCGAAAGAGAGAACCGAGAGAUAAAUAAAUGAGCAAUAGGGAGGUAACUGAAUAAUGAUACGGACGUAAUUGAAUAAUAAAGCAUACAAAAAUUGAUUCACCCGAGAGAGACAUGAUUUGAGCAAACAAGUUUCAAAUGCACUGCAAAACCUCGUAAAAAUAAAUAGAUAAGAAGUUUAGUCUAAACUAAAUGAUGAGGCCAGAUUGUCGAUCGCAUGUCAGGCACUCGUCUGAUUUGCUAAUUUGCUUUCUGUAGGUUGAUCACGGCAGAGCUCUACUAAUCAAGCUGAACCGUGAUCAUCAUCUGUAUCGCAUGGGAUCAUCGAUGACUGUCACAUGACUGGCGUCACUUUGAUGGCUUAGAGAGAGAGAGAGACAACGUCGUGAGCAUGAGGAUAAUUUGCACGAAGGUUGCUAUUCAUACAAUGUGCCUGAAUUAAUGCGCUUCUGAGAAGAAGAAAUAUCUGCACUGGUUUAACAGGUGCAGUUAAAAUCAAGAUCGAAGUUUCUGUUAAGAGAGCGUUGAUUCUGUAAGGAAGCGCGAUAAUUCCGAGGCACGCUGUAUAUGUGGGAUGUAUUUGAAAUAUAAUGUAACCCAAUAUGAAAAAUAAAGGAUUAAUUGAAAUGUG